CCAAGACAUAUCACCAGUUUAUAUCGCCUCUUUUCUCGCCUUGACGUUCUCACAACCACAUAUAUACUCUAACCAGUAUUAUGGCACAGCCAUCUCUGAAAAUAAAGUUAAGACUCACUCCCAGUUCACAGGCUGGUGAUUCGAGCUCACCAGCAGCCACACCGCCGCCCACCGCAUCACCGACAUUGUCCGUUGCAGGAAAACAUGCAUUACAAGAUACGCCUAGUCCAAAUAAACGAUCCAAGACGAAUUCUCGUAAUCGGAAACCUAACGCACCAAAAUCUGCAAACGACACCACCGCACAAGUCGACGACCACCAUGGCAUAGCAAACAGCGACGGCGACUCUUCACGUAAUGAUAAAUCCAACGUAGUACGGACGAGUUCGGCUAAAGAUAUCCUUAAAUACAAAGACAUGAAAGCUCGCCAUUGGAUUCAAACGCCUCUCGUAUUCAAGACGUUGGAUGGAUCGGAAAUCCGGCUCACCAGCUGGCAGUCUGAUGAGACCAUGAAAUUGAACAAACGAGCAAAAGAACCAAUGACCGUUGCAGAGAUCGAUCAACUGUUCUCGUCAGCCGGAGGAGAGAAGGAUUUUCGACCAUUUUUAUGUACGCAACCUGGUUGCUCCAAAUCUUUUACAAGCUACGAUCAACUGCAAACACACGAAACGAAUAUGCACGGCACCAAGAAGCUGGUAUGCGGUAUCGAUGGUUGCCAUAAGAGUUUUGUCACCUCUGGUCAGUUGACCAAACAUCGUAAAAUGGUCCAUUUUCGAGCAGCGCGAAAAGCAAAACUGGCAGCAGCAGCCUCAGCAAACGAUAACGAAUCCAACGACUUGCCAAAUACGAAUGCUUCUGUGGCUACAGCUGAUGAUGAGGGCAGCGUCGACAUUGGUAUCUCCGAGGAUAAUGCGUGAACGACAAAUUAAGUUCUAUCCUCGUCAUGCUGCACACCAUUUCUUUUUAGAAUUUCUACUUUUCAAGGCAGUUUUAUAGUCACUUCCACCUGCAGACCGCCCCCUUCAUCACAAAUAAUCUAAUCCAUCUCAAAUACAACACAUUGCUUCAACUCAAAAAAACUCAGGCGCUGAUUUGUAGGAGGUCUUCCGAGCAAUCUUCAUAUCUUAAUAACUACCAUAGAAUUUACAUUGCAU